AUGCCCUAAUGGCAAAUCAUUUGGAAGACCUUUUAUAAACAUCUCAAAAUCUUAAGGUGGGACCAGUAUCAACAAUGGAGAUGGCAUAAUCACUUUUAAUGGGCUGACACUGCAUUCAGACCAAUAUUAAUACUCCAAAUUGUCUUCAUUAUCAUCAGAUUGUCCAUUUUGGCAGAUAACUUGUACAUCUAAAUUACCUUGGCAACCCAAAUCUGCAUCCAUAUCCUCCUAUUCCUGUCAAUUUCCAAAGCAAUCUCAGAGGAAUCACAUUUCUUCAUACAAUUUUUGCCUCUCAUUCAAUAAUAUUGUAUGUAUUGGAUCUGCUACAUUAUCAGAGAGAAGGACUAUUUUAUGCUCUACAUCACUCUAACUACCAUCUAUCAGAGCAUGUACUCUACUUUACACAUGAAGUUUAUGACAAUUAUAUUGUUCUUAAUUCAGAACAUCUUCCUUGCUGACUUACCCUCACUUGAAGGGUUGUUUAUUUCAACAGCCCUUCUAAUCUUACAGAUUUUGAGAAAGGAGUUCCUUUAUUUACAACAUUUUCAAAAUCUACAAGCCUUGUUCAUGAUAAUUGAUUCUACUCCUCAAGCCAUGUGCAUAGUCCAUAAAGAUAAGAAUUUCAUGCUUUAUUCAAAUAAGAUUUUCGAUAAUUUAGCUAACAAAUUGGAAAGUACAAAUUAGGCAGAGACUGAUUAAUCGCCUGAAAAAAGCUCUACUGUUCAUUCAGCUAGAAAUUAGUUAAGUUUCCUGUAGAAUCUAUAAUUGGAUGAAUUAGAUAACAAUUAGACUCUAUUUGAUUUCGAUGAGGAGGAUCUUGAAAUGGAGGAUCAAUAUAAAAUUAAAAAUGUCACUUAUUGUAAAGAGAAAACUCAAUUGUUGUCCUAAAAUAGAUUUUCUGUUGAAAUUUAAUAGUUGCCCCCCAAAAGUCACUAAUAAUAAUAGAAGUUUUUUCAAUCCUUCAAGAAUCAAGAAGACGAGAGCAUAAUCAAAAAGAAGUUCACAUCGGAUGUGACUAUGAAGAUUGAAUUCAACAAUUCUCCCCAAAUCAACAUUCAUUCAGCUGGCAAAAAGAGUUCUCGUAAAAGAUCCCAAAAUCAAAUCAGAUUAAAUAGGUCCUCUGUGUAUGUGACACCAAGUCGCAAAAUCUCGGUUGAUCAAUUGUUGUCAAAGGAAAGCAGAGAACAUCGAAAUUCCAAUCAAAAAUAAUCAUUAUUGGAUCAAGACAUAAAUAUUACACCUAAAUGUAAACCGACCAUCAAUCAUAAAAUGAAAUUCCUUGUCAAUGUUUUAGAGAAUUGCAGAUUAUUCGAUAAUGAUGAUGGUCUGCAAAUCUAUUUCAUUAAUGAAAUCAAUCAAAUCCUAUUGAGAGCCAAACUCAAGAAAUUGGAAUCCAUUAAGAAGAAUAUUCUUAGAUCAAUUUCCCAUGAAUUGCUCACCAAUCUUAAUGCCAUUUUUGGAUUCAUCAAACUAUGUCAAGACAAACAAUCUUCUAAAGAGUCUUGUACUUUCUAAUUAGAACAGGCACUCUGUUAUACUAAACUCUAGUUGUAUAAGAUAUACGAUAUCUUUGAUUACAGAGACAUUCUAGAGGAGAGACUCAUUAUGAAAUCGGAUAAGUUUGAACUUAAUUCAGUUAUUUGGGAAUGCGUAGACUUGCUCAAAGAUUAAAUUGAAAGGAAGCUCAUCUCAAUAAAAGUCUAAUUGCCAGAGGUUUCAUAUAUCAUAGUAGGCGAUCGAUAAAGAUUGUGUUAAGUGCUCCUUAAUUUAAUUGCAAAUGCUAUUCGAUUUACCUUCAAGGGCGGAAUUACAAUAUAAGUUGAGAAAAAAUAAUAUAUAGAGUCAAUGCAAGGAAUAGAUGAUGUACAAUCAUUUAAUCAAUCAGAUACAAAUUUGAUACAAGUUUCUAUAAGUGAUACUGGAAUAGGGAUGAGUGAGUAAGAAUUAUACAAUUUGAGAAAGAAGGUAUUUAUUAUAAGAAAGUUUUAGUUGCGUCUUGCUGAUGAAGACGAAAAAGUGUCCAAAUAAUCAGUUGGAAUAAGCUUAGGAUUAUCUGUGUGCAAGCACAUUGUAAAGCAUUUGGCACCCAUGCACUAAAAUUAUCUCUCCGUUGAAUCAUAAAAGGAUGUGGGCUCAUAAUUUUAUUUCGUAUUGUAAUAUGAUGAAGAGUAAGUUCAAUUCGAGCAAAGCAAAUUAUAAAAUUCAUUUGUUCAUACAAUCCCCUUUUUAGAAUAACAAAGCACUCAACAGGUUCGAGUUUUAAAUUAUAAUAAAUUCGGUAAGUCUUCAAUUGGAGACUAAUUAAAACAUAUAGACACUAAAAUUUGUAAUUGCAAAAAGACAUUAAUUGUAGAUGAUGAGUAAUUCAACAUUCACAUCCUUUCCCACAUCGUGAAACAAUUAGGAUAUGAUGUGGAUUACGCAUUCAAUGGCAAACAAGCUAUAGAGAAAAUAGAAGUUUAGUUAGCUAAUCGAUGUAAUCCAUCAACUUGCAUCGGUUACAAAUGUAUACUAAUGGACAUUAAUAUGCCUAUUAUGAGCGGUUGGGAAGCUGUCUAAAGAAUUAGAUAAAUGGAAUACAAAAUCAAAUUAACUCGAACCAUACCUAUCAUCGCAGUUACUGCUUUCUGUAGUAUCCAAGAUUAAUAGAAAAGCAUUCACGAAGGUUUCAAUAGUGUUUUAAUCAAACCUAUAACCAAAGAAAAACUUUGCGAAUCUUUUCAUCAGUUCAAUAUUUGA